UUAUGCAGUAGCACUCGUGUGUACAUCCGACCGUCGCGGCCUCAAAGAUAAAUAUGGUCGUCCACAUAUGAUACGGACCUAAGAAAUGCCGUUUGUAACCUAUAGUUAGAUAGCUCUAUGCAGUCCGUUCUUGCCCCGCUAAUCGUUUGGGUCUGGAUGGAUGAGAAGGACUGAGUAUACAUCGGAACUACUUUGUGGGGGAUAGCCGUGCUGCGCCUUUCUCUCCCACUCGCCUGUGCUAGUCCGCCAUCUUGAAUUUUAAUGUUAAUUUCUUUCUUUCUUUUUUUUUAUAAAUGUGUUUCCUGUAAUGUUUACGGUGCCGUUUCAGAUUUCGAUGACUUUUAAGCAGGGUUGUUAUAUUGCACGGUUAUUUGACGAGGCCACCCGUUAUCUCCAGAUACCCUUGUGAACUGCAAAAUGUCCUCCGAACAUAAAGGGAUAAAUAGAAUUCAUAUUCAAGACGCCAGACUUCCCCACUCAAGAGUGUUUCUUCAUCUCAGAGACUAAAUGCAACUGGACCAGGGGGCUUGUGGGCAUGAAGUGGCUGGGCGAAUCCAAGAACAUGGUCUUAAAUGGCAGACGACAUGGAAACAAGUUGACCAGCGAGCAGCCUGUGAGCCAGAGCCAGUCUCGGUCUCAGCAUUCACAGCGGGUCUCCCUGCGCCACAACAAAACCCAUCCCAGAAACCGAAGAUGUAGCCGUAGGUUUCACGCAACCAGCCUUGAGGCCGAGAGGCGAUAUGUGCCCUCGUCAGGUAUGACUGCAAAGGAGCUCUGUGAGAAUGAUGACCUGACCACAAGUCUCAUAUUAGAUCCUUACCUGGGCUUUCAGACGCACAAAAUGAACACCAGAUUUCGUCCAGUCAAGGGAAGGCAGGAGGAGCUGAAGGAAAUCAUUGAACGCUUCAAAAAGCACGAUAACUUGGAGAAAACAUUCAGAGCGUUGAUAUCAGGGGACUGGUCCCGAAAUCUUUUUCUUCACAAGACAAAAUCUCAAGAAAAGCUAUUUAAACAACAUGUUUUUGUGUAUUUGCGGGUGUUUGCCACUGACAGCGGGUUCGAGAUUCUCCCAUGUAAUCGCUAUUCUUCAGAGCAAAAUGGAGCUAAAAUUGUGGCAACGAAAGAAUGGAAAAGGAACGAUAAGAUCGAGUACUUGGUGGGAUGUAUUGCUGAGCUGUCGGAGAGUGAAGAAAACAUGUUACUGCGGCAUGGAGAGAAUGACUUCAGUGUCAUGUAUUCAACGCGCAAGAACUGUGCACAGCUCUGGCUGGGGCCGGCUGCUUUUAUUAAUCAUGAUUGUCGUCCAAACUGCAAGUUUGUGUCGACAGGGCGGGACACUGCCUGUGUAAAGGUGCUAAGGGACAUUGAGCCAGGCGAGGAAAUCUCUUGUUACUAUGGAGAUGGAUUUUUUGGGGAAAACAAUGAAUUUUGUGAAUGCUACACCUGUGAACGACGCGGCACUGGUGCUUUCAAAUCCAAAGCUGGACUGCCUGUCGAAGUUCCAGUGAUCAACAGCAAAUACGGGUUGCGGGAGACAGACAAGCGUCUGAACCGUCUGAAGAAGUUAGGAGAAGGAAACCGGAGUUUGGACUCUCACUCUGUAGGCUCCCACACCGACGUAGACUCUCAGGAAUCGCCCAAAACACAUCAAUCUGCCAGAAAAAGAUCAUCUGGUCUCAAGUAUAAAAACAGGACUCAAACAAGACAGACGUUGUCAAGAGCUCUCACUACCUCAUGUUCAAAACAAGGACGUGUAAACAAUAAUAGGGUACCAAAGAGACUAAAAUCCCAAUCAAAGCCUUCACUAAGUAGAGUCCAGUUACGGAGUCGCAGAAGGGGCGCGGAGCCCAAGGCAUUGGCCAAAGGUGAGACUUGCCAGCUGGGUCUCAGAGACUCGAAGGUGUCGCUGUGUAAAGGCGUCUCCGUAAAGAAGGAGAAGGACGGCCAGGAGCUGGUCCAGCAAACGCUAGGCCAGCGGGGAUGCUUAACACGUCACGCUGCAAAGGAAAACGUUAGUCUCACGGUUGUGCAACAUGGUAAGGGUUGCCUGUCGUCAACGUACAGAACUCGCAGGUCCACCCGGACACUCGUCAAAGCCCAAGAAACAACUGGCGGUGUCAAGCUGGACCCCGGUGCUAUGCACAACUUGAGCCCAGUCUCCGGUGCAGUGGUCAUUAAAUCAGAGCCAUCGGACUUGGAGGAGUAUCUUCACCACGAGAUAGGUCUGGAGCAGCCGGCAUUGGAUGCCGGCUAUCCCCAAAGGGGCUCGUGCGCACGGCUGAAACGGCCGAUACGGCUCGGGACGGAGCGAACAAUUAAAUGCGAGGACUCGUACGGUGAGCCGUUUAUGCCAAUGGCAUCCGGUCAUCCCACCAGCUACUCAGACUGCGGGAAGGUUCUCUUGAGCUUCUCCGACCGGCACAGGGAUUACAACCGGGUUGCCAAUGGCAGGAAAUCCCUCCGUCGGGACAAGGGCAAGAGUAGCUGUCGCUCACAGGACAAGGGGAAGAAGAAGCGCAGGAUCACUCGUUAUGAUGCCCAGUUGAUCCUGGAGAACACGACGGGUCUCCCCAAACUGACGCUCCGGCGACGGAGAGACAGUAGUAGCAGCAAGACCAAUGAUCCUAACGACGUCAUCGGUUCUUCCGGUCUUUCUGCCGCGUCAGUGAACUCGGCCUCAUCCAGCAAGAUUAGCAUCAAGUUCAGCAAGGACCACGACAAGGACAAAGGCAGCUCGUACAUAGCCAAACUCAAUAACGGUUUUUCCCCCGUGGUGCACAGUAACUCGACAAAGUUAAAAAUACAGCUGAAGAGAGAGGAUGACGCGCGGAGACUAUCCCAGAUGAAGGCGGACCAGCUGUCCUUCAACGGUGACAUGGGUCCGAGUUUUGAGGCUCGAGGGGGUGGACAUCGAACCCAAAAGAUUAUGGCAGAGCCGUCGUCCGAAGAUGAAAAUGAUGCGGAUGCUGAUGACGACGAGGACUACUUUGACAAUGAGUUUGAAGACGACUUCAUUCCACUUCCCCCGGCGAAACGCCUGCGACUCAUUGUGGGUAAAGACUCCAUCGACAUUGAUAUCUCCUCCAGGAGGAGAGAGGAUCAGUCUCUUAGACUCAAUUCAUAGCUUGUGGAGCUCCUCCCUCCUGUCCCUGUAAAUAAAGAAAACAAGCGAAUCAGCUGUCGUGUUGAUGUAAAAUAAGUAUAGUAAUUUAAAAAAUUAAAAAUCUCUACAAAUCUGGGCCAGUAUUCAUAAAGAUUCAGAUGUGUUCUCAAUCAUUUGGACCUGUCUCAUCGAACCAGAAGACCAGAACAAAUUUCACUCACUCAGAAGACAAGAGUCAUUAUGAGUACAGGCCCAGAAACAUUACUAGAAGGGGUUGCUAACUUAAAACAAAUCUGCUCAAUUUCAAUUGCAUUCAUCCGCAAGUACCUGAUGUGAUUUUGUUUCCCCACCACUGGUUUACAGCAACGUUGUGUAACUGUCUUACAAUACCCAGACAAUUGAAGAAUAAAUUGUCAUUUUGGAAUUUUGAGAAAGAUGACAACCGGAGCAUGUUUGAUGUUUUGUUGCAUUAUGUUGAUCACCUGUUGCAAAGAAAUGGCCGAGUUGGUUGAGCCUUCCAAACAAUGUUUCCUAGUAAAAAAAAGCACAAUUAUAAACUACCGUGAAAAAAAAUCUAUACAUAUAAAAUGGAAAAUACCAACAGUUUGAACAAUUAUUUAAUCACAGAGGGCUUUCUGAGGGCUUUCUGUCCCUUUCAUUGUACUCUACGUCCACACACUGUUUUGGUUUAGAUCACGGGUCACCAACUUUUUCGAAACAAAUCACUUCUUGGGAACUAAUAGGGACGGCUACCGGUUUGACACACACUUCAGAAAUAAACUUUGCUUUUCAUCAUUUUGCAACUGUUGCGAGAAUAUGCAGUACAGCGAACCGAUGGAUGUGUAUUCGAAUAUGUGAACACAACAACUACAAAACUAUGAUUUAGCAGUGUCGGAAACUGAAGCAAUUUAUUCCUAUAAAUCUCUUAAAGCAUUAACAUUUUCAAAUACAUUCUUAAACAUUCCUAGGAAAUCACAAUGGUUCGCUAUUCGAAUAUGCCCACUGGCUACUCAUGCAGUCCUUGCGGGAUACCUGAUUAAGAUCGGUGUAAGAUGCGUGUGCAUUGAUAUUGAAAACGACACAAUAGCUACUAAGUCAUCUGCCCCACUCGAGUCAACGCUGCCUUUUUUUUUUUCUCCAAACGGUGCAACAAUUCAUUUGGAAACCCCUCAUUGUGGCACAAAAUGACUUGUUUGGAAGGCACUCCACAUGGCAGGAAAGAGAAAUCUCAAUUCGCUCCCUUUCUACUGAUUUUUGUACUCCAGUCAAGUUAGUUGGUUUACCGGCAGAAGUUGCAAAUGUCGCCCUCACCCCGUGCGCUUUAGGAAGCGGGAUGGUCUGCUUGUUGUACAACAGUCUUUGUUUGCCGAACCUCAUUGACAAUUGAGAGAAUUGUUUUCUGUUCAACUAUUCCUUUCAGUGAGUGCACUUGUUAUAUUCAUAAUGGACAUUGAUAUUGUAGAAAGUGUACAGUAUAGUGACUAUCCACUCUGUCUUAUAGGCAGGUUUUUAUUGAUCUUUGGUUUGGUUUUUUUUCCCCUCCGUUUGUAUUUUAUUAUUUUAUUUGUUUUUUGUAUGUGAGAAGCCAUGCUGAAUGUUCAGUGUUGGUGCAGUUGGUCCAGAAGCAUUAUAAUAUUGCUCCGUCACUUGAUUUGGAUUCAUGUGCCAUGUUUUAAUUACUGCAGUCUCUAAAGCCAGGACUUUGAUUUCCUUUCCGAUCAGCGUUUUUCAAUGUAAACAAGAGUUGAAUGAAAUAAAUAAAAGCACAUGGUUUUGUUAUACAUGACUGUAUUUAAUUGUGCCCAAGUUUCUUUCAUUUUGGAGCCACUUUGUAAUAAAAACAUGGCAUAUCAAAUUCAGUCAUUAUGCUUGUGCAUAAAGGCUACUUUCAGAAAAUAUUAUAUAGAAAGACUGGCUUAUAUUGCUUCAUCACACUUCAUAUUUUUUAAGAGCUAAAUUUGAUUUCUCUUCCAGAAAUUUUGCAAGCAAGACAGUUGGAGGAAGCACACGAUCUCAAACAUACACGGCUCAGAAUCAUUGAUUUGGUGCCAUACUGUCAAUUGCUUUUGAUUUCUUGCCUGUCCCAUCGUGUCUUGUACAUGGCAGCAUAUCGUCAGUCUUCAAUUCAGUCCAAAUACCUCUGAGAUUUUGUCAUUCACACAUUUUUUUAAAGUAUAUUCAAUCUAGUAUCAACAGGUGCCUUAAUAGAUUUGACCAAAUUUAUAGAAGAAGUCAUUGAACGAUACCCAGCUUCCUACUUAAAUAGUUUCGCUUACAAAUUAUGUCAGUCUUUCUGUAUAUUAUUUUUCUCCUCUAGAAGUUAUACAAGCCAGUAGAUUGAGGGAUCAACUAUAAAAAAAAAUGUUUACCUACUUUUCAUGUUAAUAUGUACUGUUCAUAUCACCAGCAGCUAAUCAUCGUUCUAAAAUGGGCUUUGUCAGUCCUUCCUCUUUGUUGGAUUGUCUGCGUCCACUCUAAAACUGUUCCGGAUGUACCAUUUGUGUGCUUUUUGUCCAAUAGACGGCUUUCACUUUUCCUACAGAUUCAAAAAGAAAACAAAAAUGUAAUAUACUUUACGGACAUUUAGCGUCUUGCGUGGUUAGUGGGAAACCUGUACAAAGAAUUAAAACUGGGCAGUGCAUAUAUUGUCCAAUAUGUAAA